AGUCUCUAUUAGAGGCGUAUCCGUCCAAUGCCGUAGCAUAAUCUCGCGCGCCCAGUAUACGGAGUAUACGCGUCUCCGAGCGUAAAGCAAUUUUUCACAUUUUUUCCUAUCCCUCCUGUGUUCUAUCGAAAUAUACCUGUCGUUGUUCGUAUAGAAUUUCCUCUUCAAUUCCGAUACGAACAUGUCUCGCGUGUAACAAGUACGCCGUCUCGGAGUCAUGAAAGCGUGGUACAUCCCGCGAGCACCAGUGGUAGUGCGGUACAGUCUUUUAAAUUUUUCAUUUAUGUGGCAUAGAAUCGCACACACGUUAAAGUGCAAAUACAUAAAUGUCAGUCAUACGAAUAAGCGGAUCGGUGUAGGUAUGUGACCGGGUGCAAUCAAACAAUUUGAAAGAACAGAGACGAAAAAAUUGUCGCGACACGCGAUUGCGGACACAGAAUUGCAAAUCAGUUAAUGUACUUAGAAUGGAGGGCCAGCAGGUAAGAGCGUUGUACGAUUUCACGGGAGAGCCGGGAACCGCAGAGUUAUCGAUAAUAGCAGGAGAAGUGUUGACCGUGAUGAGAGAUAAUGUGGGUGAUGGAUGGUGCGAAGGAUUUAAUCAAAAUGGAAAGUCUGGAUUGUUUCCAGUUGCAUAUGUACAAAUUGUUGAUACGACAGCGUCUGCGCCAAAUGCCAUGACAGCGUCCCAACAAAGUUCUGGAGAUUACUGGGAUGAUGACUGGGACGAUGACUCAGAGAUUGGUCAGACACAAGCGUAUGUUCCUUCGCAACAGCAGCAGCAACAAAACAUGAUACAAUUGCAACAACACCAUAGCGUGGAUUAUGGAGAUUCAAUGCAAACUAUACAUUCUGUGAUACCUGAAAGGCCCAUACCUAGCGUACCAAAGAGAAACAACAAGUUUUCUACAUUAAUAAAGUCUGGAGAAGAUAAUUUUUUAUUAGGAGUAAGGGUAGCAAGUGUUCCUGAAAGUGAGAAAUUAUAUAUUGAGGAAAUUGAAGGAGGACGAUAUAAAUGGGUACCAAGUAGGGAUCCUUAUAGCUGUGUUGUUACAUCUCCCAAAAAAGAGUCAAAAUUGAAAGGUCUUAAGAGUUUUAUUGUCUACCAGCUUACACCAACGUUUAAUAAUAUUCAAGUGUCGAGAAGGUACAAACACUUUGAUUGGCUGCACGGACGAUUAGAAGAAAAGUAUUGUUUCAUUCCAAUUCCACCAUUGCCGGAUAAACAAAUAUCGGGUAGAUACGAGGAACAAUUUAUCGAGCAUAGGCGCACACAAUUGCAAGAAUUUGUCGAUUAUGUCUGUAGGCAUCCUGUGUUGGCGUGUAGUCGCGUAUGGGAACAUUUUAUAACGUGCACGGAUGAGAAGAGAUGGAAACCUGGCAAGAGACAGGCAGAGAAGGACGAAUUGUUGGGUGUAAAUUAUUUUAAUGCUAUUCAGUGUCCCGACAGUACGUUGGACACCAUAAAGGUCGAGAUACAAACGGAUGCUUUCAGUAAAUUUAUAACCGGACUGGACCCGGUAGUUAAGAAUUUUAUGGCCAUGGCCAUUGACCAAACGAAAAAGUGUCAGGUCCUCUAUAAGAGAGAGUUCCAGAAAAUUGGUCAGAGUUUCACUGCGUUAGGUCACGCUUUAGAGGGCGACGAUAUCAGCCGAGGAAGAUUGACCCGCGCGUUGAAAGUAACGGGGGAUGCUUACAACGAAAUUGGCAAAUUCUACGAGGAACAACCAAAGUUUGAUUGGGAACCUCUCUCUGAUAAAUUUCACAUCUAUAGAGGAAUUAUUAGUAGCUUCCCCGACGUAAUCAGUAUACACAAGAGUGCUGUGCAGAAACGGAGAGAUUACGAAAAGCUCGUAAGCGAGCAUAAAAUGGAACCGCAGCAAUUGCGGGAAUUGUCGCAACGAACGGACGUGAUAGCGCGUGCUCUCCUGGCCGAAGAAACGCAUUUCCAAACAGAACAGGAAAUCCAUUUGACUCAAGCGAUGAAAACACACCUCACAGAACAAAUCACAUUUUAUCAGAAAAUAGUAGAUAAAUUGCGAGAAGCCUUGAGCGCGUACGAAGGAUAAAGCGUAAGAUUGUCUUUCCUACUUAAGACACAUUGAAAACUUUGGAAUAUGGUACUUCCAUUCAAAAUUAUAGAAAUCUCUGACAAUAGAAAUAUCUACAGAAUGCCCAUGUUCGUACAGUUCCGAAUAUAUAUUGCGUUCAACUUUUGAUAAGCAUUGUUUAUAGGGGACUUAGCAAAUUACAGAAAAGGGGCCAAUAAUUUCUUUACGAAUUAAACGUGCGUAUACAAACGUACGCAAGUAUAUUUUUUACCUAUAGUAUUUUUUUCAUAUUCGUUUUUGUUGUAUUCGAUGAAAAGCCGGUAAAACAUUUUAAAAAACAAGACAUGAACUAGGCGGCGUCAUUAAUAAAUAAUAUAUUAAUAUUAACGUGCUAAUAUUGUAUGGCUGCUAGUAAAUUUAACGAGUGAUCAUGUCAUGUAUCUUUUCUUUCGUAUACUUUUUUAAAAUAUUUAAUCGUUAGCCCUUUCCUUCCGUGAUGAGUUACGAACGUAUCAUUUACAUGUUUCGUUAACGUGGGCCUGAAGUGUAAACUUGAAACAUAGUAUGUACAUUAAUGUUUAACAGAAACUAGUUUACUGCAAAAGUUUACAUUACAUUCUGUGACAAAUGUAAAAUUGAUUAUUUUUUUAUCAAUCUACGAACAUAUGGUUCGUUACAUUACCAAACUGUAAAUACAACUAAAUGCAUCACCAUUGAUGGAGCAAAUAGUAAUGUUUAACAUAAAAAUCAAACGAAAUAUAGAUGGCUGUAAGUAAUGUAAUGUAAACUUUUUCCCAUCGACUUGUUAAACGUAAGCAUUUAUUUAUUUAUACCGUUUUGUGUAAAUCGACUCGAUUGUUUCAUAAUGAAAAACGAGAUCACGUAAUCGAUUGAUAAUUUUAUGGCAGCCUAAUAUCGACGAGUGAUUGAUAUAAAACGUGUAACAAUCACGUGUAAAUUUUCCAUUUAAUCUGUGUUGUAUGCAAGCUGACACUAUUGCACGUUCGUUAGUUGACAAACGAUAUGAAUUAAGGCAUGUCAUUGUUUAAGCAUUUAACACUAAUCUGUAUAAAGGAUGGCCUGAUUAAAAAGUGCAUUUCGAAUUUUGUAAAUGUCACUAUAAUCGUCAUUAUCAUUUUGCAUCGACCUCAGUAUGUGUUCCUUUUUGUGCUCAGAAGGAAACUGUCAUUAAAUGUAUGUACAUCAAA